CCCAGACUCUUUAAUGUGUUUAAUAAAGAGCAAAGAGUGAUUUGAAAGGCUUCUAUGUGAGGUUUCAUACUUUGUGGUGCAGCGUUUUCUGGAAAAAAAAAGUUUUUCUAUGCUUUAGUACUAGCACGGAUAACUCCAAUUCACUCUCUACAAGUGGGUGUAUGCAGAAAUGUAGCGCCAGCAGAGAGGAUGGGACACUGGAGGAGGACAGCUGCUGAUGGGAUUUAGGGGACAACGACACACACUGUCUUCACAUUGUUCCACACCAUGAUGCUCCAACUGAUAUUUUCUCUUCCUUCCUUUCUCAGAAGAAAACACACACAAUGACGAGCCAGAAAUUGGGAUUCCUCAGCAGUGUGCUGUGUAAAUGGCAUGCACAGGCCACUGUCAUUGGUAAAUCUCUGCUGCCAGUGUUGCUGCUCAUCAGAUUUGUGAUACUGGGUGCCGCAGUGCAGACAGUCUGGUUGAACGAUGAAGGGAAAUUUCAGUGCAACACUCAGCGGCCCGGCUGUGAGGUGACCUGUUUUGAUGCAGUCACACCUCUGUCUUUACCUCGUUUAUGGACACUACAGCUGGUUCUCGUUUUGGCUCCUGGUCUGGUUUUCCUCUGCUACCUGAUCCACCUCACCAACCAGGAAACCCAGGUGCAGAGGGGGAAUGAUGAGGUCAAAGGUCACACUUUGUCGGUAUAUCGGGCCUGCAUGGCGUUUGUAAUUGUAGUAGAGGUUGGAUGUAGCGCGGCUCAGUGGUGCCUCUAUGGUUUCGAGUUAUCUACUGAUUUCAGCUGUGGGAGGUCUCCAUGUCCUAUGAGAGUAGACUGUUUCCUUUCCCAUGCAUGGGAGAAGACAGUAUUCCUUCGUAUUAUGUUCACAGCCUCCAGCGUGUCCAUCCUUCUGAAUGUAGUGGAGGCAGUUUGCAUGUUGAGAGCCAAGCUGAGGCGGACAGACGGUGGAGAAACCCUGCAGUCCGGUUCACAGGUUGAAGAGAGCUUCUUGAGUCGGCUGCUGGCCCUGUGGCACUCACAUGCUGGUUUCCUGGGUAAAACAGUCCUCCCAGUGUUGCAGCUGGUCCGAAUUGUUCUUGUCGGGGCCGCGGUGCAGCCAGUUUGGAGCAACAACUACUUUGUUUGUAACACUCUUCAGCCGGGCUGCAGUAGCCCUGGCUAUAAUGCUGUCUUCCCCUUCUCUGUGCAUCGGUACUGGACGCUACAGGUGGUUUUUGUUUUGGCUCCUGGUCUGAUUUACUUCUCCUACUUGGUGCACCUCCUGGUGACACAAAAACAGAGUGAAACAGGAACUGUGAUUAAACGUCAGAGCCUGUGGGCAUAUUUGGGCUUCUUGUCAGCUGUCGUCCUGCUGGAGGUGGGAUUUGCAGUGGGGCAGUGUUUGAAGUUUGGUCUAUUUCUGCCUCCAAUGUUCAAUGUGGCUGUGUCCCCAUGUCCACAUACAGUUGACUGUUUUCUCCCCCAACCAAAUGAGAAGUCAGUGUUCAUGUUCAUCAUGUUAGUUCUGGCCUGUCUGUCAGGCCUGCUGACCCUGGUGGAGAUGUGCAUGGUGUUGAAGACCAAGAAGCCCUGGAAAAAGCACGAGGACAACAGGGAGAACAGCAUCCCGUGCACUGAGAUGAUGUCGAACGACAAAGAAGAAGGCGAUGCUUAAAAGAAGAUGACUGACUCAGUGUGAUUUUCCUCAUGAAAGUAUUUUUCUUAGGUGACCACAAAUAUAUAACUGAUAUAAUGAAUGUUUUUUUCCUAAACUUUUGUGUGAAAUAUUACUU